GUUCAUACGAGUAGUCAUUGUAGUGAGGUACAACUGAGUGCACGUGAGAAUACGUUAUGCAUAUAUCAAUAAUAUUUUUUGUGGCUUUCGCUUUGGUGACAGCACAUUGUAACAAAGACCUUCGUGUUAUCGACAAUAUAAUGCAAGAAUCUCCAUGCAGUUCUGAGGGUGGUAUUUGCACUAUUGCUGAAGAUUGUCCCCAAUUGACUGAAGAAUUAGGAUUAUGUCCUAAACAAAGAAAUCAAGGGAUUGAAUGCUGUUACGGGGUUUCGGUAAAAGAUACAAGAUGCUCUCGUCACGGAGGAGUUUGUUUACCGGCAACUGAAUUUUGUAACCCUAAACUUAUUUAUAGAGAUGCAAGCGAUUGUGAUACUAGUCAUAAGUGUUGUAUAAUGGUUUAAGUUUUGGUUCGUUGUUAAUUAUUUUUAAUGUUUGAAAAUUAAAGCUUAUUAAAAAGUAAGCGAGUUGAUUAAAUUAUAUC